GGCCUGGCCUAUUGUCAGAGCGCUGUGUUUGUUGGAACGCCAGUCUAUCCCUAUUCACCCGCCAAACGCUAGUACUAUUGGUAUGUAUGGUAGUCUGGACAUCAUAGGAUCUUGUGGUAUUUUGUUAACAGGUAACGCUGUCCUCAUAAACAUCUUCAGAAACCACAUUGAUUAAGGUGCAGGAUGUACAGCUUUAUGGGUGGAGGUUUGUUCUGUGCAGGAGUGGGGAACAUCCUCCUGAUUGUUUCCACAGCAACCGAUUACUGGAUGCAGUAUCGGCAGUCCAGCAACUAUAUGCACCAGGGCCUGUGGCGGUACUGCAUACCCGGCAAAUGCUUCCCACACAACGACAGCAUCGCUCACUUAGAUGCCACCCGUGCCCUCAUGAUCCUCUCUCUUUUGGCCUGCUUCAUCGGCAUCAUCAUCGGCAUAAUGGCCUUCAUCCAUUACUCCUCCUUCGACAGGUUUGACAAAACCUUUGCUGCAGGCAUAUUGUUUUUCAUCUCAUGCUUUUUAGUCUUUCUAGCAAUGGCUGUGUACACUGGUGUGACUAUUAACUACUAUGGCAAACGCUAUGGGAACUGGAGGUUCUCCUGGUCCUACAUCAUUGGCUGGGUGUCAGUGGUGCUCACCUUUUUUUCAGGUAUAUUCUAUUUGUGUGCCUAUCGGAUGCAUGAAUGCCCCCGGAGCAAUAACUCUCAUUAGAAGAUUGAAACCAUCAUCCAGAAAUAAACGUUUGAUUAUGUUGAUGAGAUAUGUAUUUCUACCAUCAGCAUGGAAACACAGCAGACCUGUGGAACAGGGAAAGUUUAAAUAAUUCGAAUAAAACGAUUGGUGAAAAUUUGA